AGGGAAAGUCCACCGCACACAGACUGCUGAAAGGCUGCUGACCCAAACCCUGGGCCGUGUAUAAAUCCUCUCACCAUUUAGCUUAUUGCAUGCUGAUAGAUGAUCCGCAUCCACUUCAUUGAUCUUUUGUACCUAGCAUUCUGGAUUCUCUUAUAAUGAGGUGUAGAUACGGAGGUCCAAUUUUCUAAAUCACCUGAUUUGUGCGGACAGGCGUUAAGGUGGUGGGGGGUUUGUGCAGGUGAUAUCGGGCGGCUAGUUUUGAAAAACUGGUGCUUCACAUUCCCAAACUAUUUUGCUAUUUGAGAGUCACUUUGAGCAAGGCCAGCUUUUCUGUAGCAUAGCUUUUAGGAUUUAUUUUGGGUGGAAAACCCUCAGUGUCACAGCAGAGUCUGAUCACUCUGUAGGAAGAGGCUUCUGUUAACAGCACUUAAGAGAGCUAGGGAAGGCAUUAGAUGUCAGAUAGUGAAGCAAAACACAAUAGCAGAAUACUACUUGAGAUGUGGACCAGCCAGUGUGAGGAAAAGCACCUUUUUGUUGUUGUUUGAUAGACAUAAAAGAGCAUCUGCUGCCCAAACAUUGCAUUUAUUAGCAUUAAAUCAAAGUCCUACAGCGUUAAAACUAAAGUUCAGAUGGUGAUUGAAGCGCUGAAGUUCCUUCUUGUGGUUUUUUCUUUUUUAAGGGUAUUAAAAAUGUGACAUGGCAGGAUCGGUUGCAUCAUGUUCAUUCUCUGUGUAGCUGGCAUGUUGUCCUGACUGCAGAGCAUGUUCCCUCCAAACGUUAAAUAAAACCCUACUGUAAGCAAGUUGAUGUUUGUAGAAGUAUACGGCACAUCUCUCAAAAAAAAAACACAAGAAAAUAAGAGAAAGAUGGCCCCAAUUACCGAUGAGUGAUAACCUCUGGAUCCCUGAAACAGAAAGCAGUGCUUUAUGUCACUGAGAGUUUUAAAGAGAUUCAGUGGACUGCAUGACUCAGAAAUGGAGGCGCCAUUGUGAGGCAAGUUUCUAAUAAUUCAGAAUCAAGUUAGCAGGUAGAAAGUUGAGUUUGACAAGGAUAACACGGACAGGAAGAACCCUACCCACACUGCUUUUUGUCUGGAAACAGAGAGCUGCUGUGUUUGUUAUUAUCUUUACCUGAAAACAGGCGGAAUUGAACAAGAAAUAGAUGUUUUUUUGUCCUAAUAUCACAGAACAAAGGUCUUCCAUACUCCUUCCACCUUUUUAAAAGAAAGAGGCUACCAAAAGUCACGUGGAGAUGGGAUUUAUUUGAUGCCCGUAGUUUCCGUUCAAUAUUUGGCAUUGUGUAAAGACACCUGAGCGAAUAAGGGUUAUCAUUUGACCUGAUUUUCUCUUUUGAUAUCAUGAAUGCACAGUAUAACAAUGCAGAAGAGUCAACAUGUUGAAGCUUCUCUUAACAUCGACACCCCUUUCCUUCUGAGGAAUAUGAUGUACAGUAUAUGAUCAUACUUAAAAUGUCAAGGAGUUAUUUUUGGUCCUGAGAUCUAUACAGUGUUAUCUACAUUUUGAGAAGCUAGGGCCUCGAGCCAAGCUUCAACAUGUGUAAUUUAAUAAGAGUAAUUACUUACACUGUUAGUCUGUGGGGCAAAUUCUGUAUGUGAAGUAAAAUCUGACUUAUAUGAUAGAUAUUGGAUUUUUCCCCCAGAAAACAUCUGUAAUCAAGGCAACAUUUCUAAAAUCUGCCCUGAAAUACAGAGCAAAUACUUUCCCAUGGUGCAAAGCAUACUGAGAUACCUCUGUGUACGGUACUCUCUCUUAAUAUAUCACUUUGUAUGGAUCUACAUGACAGGGGGGGUCACUUUUAUAGCACAAAAGAUUGAGCAAAAAACAAUGUAAAUCUGGUAUAAAGUCACAGAUUAUUGUUGAUUUCUUUGCCCAUUUUCCCGUGAAUCUCCUUGUUGAACCCUGUUUUGUGCAUGGACUGAAACAUGAAGACUGCAAAUGAAGAAGAACUGUCUCAUUCUGCCCCUCAGCAAAUGUCCCAUUGGUUGAUUGAACAGGGAGACAUUUUCCAUUCAAAUCAACCCAAUGUUGAGCUGGGCUGCUUGAGACAAUCAGAAGGGAUUCAUUUCUUUGUGAAUUCCCCUUAAAUGAUUAGAAAAAUUGCCCCCUUUUGAGUCGUAGAAUUAGAUAACGCCAACCAAUAAAGGAGCGCCCUUUAUGUUUACUUUACUAAUGGCCUAACUAUCGUCUCACAUUUGAUUUUCCAUGGAUAAAAUCUCACAAGACACAGAACUUAAGGGAGGAUUUUUUUCGGGGGAAAGUGUAAAACAAAAGAGGGGAAAAAACAAAACAAAACAACAAAUAUUUAUUCCAGUAGAAAAAGUAAUAGAUGAACAUUUGCUGGCGAUUAUUUUUAUAACAAAUACAUGUACAUAAUGUCUUUGAGAGAUGCUAUUUGCUGUAUACAUGUGCUGAAAUGAGACGACGACGACCCACGUGGAACAACAGCAAGGUCCAGUAUACAGAGUUUCAGUGAUGUGCAAUACAAAACGGCAUGCUGUUUUAAAAUGAGGAACUUCAUGUACUGUACUAUGCAACCGCAAACUGUGUACAUCGCUUCAUGCUGUGGCUUCUCCAACCACCCUUCUCCAAGCAGCUCCAUCUGGACUUCUAAGGGAUUUUUGUGUUGUUUUUUUUUCUGUGGAAGAUGAAAACCUAAAGCGGCUAAUGCGGUAUUGCAUGCAUAAUAUACCAUUCUGAUUUAGAAAAAGGAAUUAAAGAAAAAUACAUGAAAUGGGAGGCGAUUGUGUUUAAGGCAAAGCUACAAGUGACUUAAAACAUUUCUUUUUCAAAAUAAAAGAGUCGUUCUAAA